AUGCAAUCCGCAAAGCAACAAAUUCAAGAUGGACCAUACGUUAUAAUGGGUCAAGAACUUCACCAUGUGUCAUUUGUUGGUGUCAUUAGAAACGUUGCUGAUAAUACAUCGAAUGUUACUCUUACAGUUGAAGAUGGGACUGGGCAAAUCGAAUUCCGAAAAUGGACUAAUGAUAGCAAUGAUAUGUCGCACGCCUCUCAAGAGGACCAAAAUGGUGAUUAUAACUCGCAAGUAGCACAAGACUACUCGGUAGGGAAAUACAUCAAGGUAUACGCUUCUCUAAGAGAAUUCAGUGGUAAGAUGAAUGUACAAUACGCUGUAGUAAAGCAUAUUGAUUCAUUCAAUGAAAUUCUAGCACAUCACCUGGAGGUAAUUAAGGCAUUUGCUGUGGCUAACGGUAACUUGAGUGUUGACUCAACGGUGGCAGUUAACGGAGCUAAUACUGAAACCAAUAGUUUAUUUGUACAAGAUAACGAGCCUCCAAAAUCAGCCACUGAAAAAGUUUUGGAUUUUAUCAGAGCCCAGUGCGCUGGCAAGGAUUCAAACUCUUUCUCUGUGCAGACUAAACUUAUCUCUCAAUCUUUGAACAUGAUUGAAGAUGAUGUCAGAAUGUAUUGUCAAACUCUAACAGAACAAGGUUACAUAUACCCUACCUUCGACGAGUUCACCUUCUUUAUCUUAUAA